AUGGGUCUGCGUAGGCUUCGUUGUGUCCCUGUUGCUGAUUCAAAAACGAAAUUUGGUGCUGCCAACCCUUUCAAGAAGACCCGCCGCUUCGCCGACUUCUACGCCGAGUGGUUUGACGCCCUCGAGCGCACCCUCCUCCCGCUCCUCCGUGACUCCUUGUCCUCCUCCUCCUCCUCCUCCUCCACCUCGGUCCAGUUAUCCGCUGCCGUCCACGCCCUCCACUGCCACCUCCAGUCCUACUACUCCGCCCUCAACCUCGCCGCGUCCUCCUCCUCCGCCGACCAGCUCCCUCGGCUGCUCUGCCCUCCGUGGCGCAACUCCCUCGAGAGGCCCUUCCUCUUCCUCGGCGACCUCCACCCUUACGUCUUCACCACCCUCCUCCGCUCACUCCUCGAGAACGACGGCGACGAUAGCGAUGAUGAAGGCGCUGGUGUCUUUCUUGAAGACGACUGCAACCAGCUCUCGGGCAGGCCGUGGCAGGUAUUGACAGCGUGGAAGAACCCUAGCAAGCACACCAUAUCCCGAAUGGAGCAGAUCGAGUGCGGGGUCCGGUUGAUGGUGCCGGCGCUGUGGGACCGGGCCAAGGCCGAGCAGGCCCACUUUGCGGACCGAGUGGCUGAUCAGUGGACGAGAGCGUCCGGCAAAAAGAAGAAGGAGACGACGGCCACGGUCGGGAAGGCCGCAGCGGCGGCGGCACAGGGCUUGGCGGGCGUUUUCCUGGACGCCAACAGGCUGAGGAAGAGCGUGCUCGCGGAUAUAAUGAGCGCAACGAACCUGUACCAGGCGGGUCUGUUUCUUGAAGCUUUGGCCCAAUUUCUUGUUGGGUUGAGAGACCCGGAAUUGCUGGAGAAGUUCCAGCAUUGCCCGGUGAAGAUGCGUUGA